AUGUCUAUUCGACCAUCUUCAUCUCAUGCUACUUCUGCAGAUGAUUCAAUGUUGAUACGUUUAACUGAAGACAAUGAUGAACUUCCCAAUACCCAGAUGUUACAACGAUAUAUGGUUGACAUUUAUGCUGUUAUUGGUGCAGUGGAUGAUAUUGGAAUGGUAUAUCGAAAUUUAAGACCAAUAUGGGCGAAUAAUACUGUUUCAUAUCUGGUCGAUCCUUGCCUAAAAAUUUUGUCAAAAAUUCCAAGCUCAAAACCUGCUGUUCUAAAUUAUGUUGGCAUGCUGACACAUGAAGCAACUCAUUUGCAUUUAUCGAAACAAGAGAAUCCACAUAUUGCAGCCGAUACUGCUAACAUUGAUCGUGCUAUACGGAAGCUUACAAAUGAAUUUCGUCGCCUACUGAUUCGAACACAAUCGAAAGGCUUCGCAUUUGAUAUUCUUGUGUGGGCGUGUAAUUUAUUUGUUGAAAUUUGUAAAUAUAACUACGAACGUCCAAUUGCAAAAAAUGCGGGUACUACACCACCCGCUUUGCUUGCAUUAUUUGAUUCAUGUCCAGCAGUUUCAAGUGUUAUCAAAUUAACCGAUAAAGCGAUCGCUUUGCUAUUAAAUACUACACCUGACGAAUGCCUUUCCAUAUUGAUUGAUGCUUCUGCACAUGGUUUUUGUUUUGCUUGGAUAUGGUUGCACAUUGUUGCUUCAUUUCCGGAUACCAUUGUUGCUCAUUUGUUGAAGAUUGGUAUACAAGACUUCAAGCAUUACCUUAAUGCUAUACUGACCAGUCAAGUACCAAUAGAACUUCAUGAAAAUUAUAAGCAAAAAUUUUUAUCAGUUUGUGAUGUGUUUACAUUUCUUGCAACACAAAACAACUCUGAAUUAAGGAAUGCAAUGCGAGAAAUGAUAUCCAAUGAUCGAGAUCUUUUGGAAAAUGAAACAACCACUCCUGAACAGUUACAGAAUUUAUCAUUGCCAUUUUUGAUUAAAAUAGUAGCAAAUUCUCCGGAUAUAUUGCGAUUUUUAGUGCAUAAUGUUUAUGAUUUGGUAACAACAGAUUUUAUCAUCAGUGGUGCAAAAUACGUGUCACAACUAAACAAGCAAUGCUUGCUACCUCUGUUACCAAAUAUGGAAUAUACUUAUACUGCAUUUAUGCGUCAAAUAACAUUUUAUCUAAAUUCGGAUGCUUUGGCACAUAUCGUUGAACUAAUGUUACCAAUAGCCUUCGAUGACAAUGUUUUUAGAAAAUUCGACAACUACGAUCAAUCAUUCCAAACGUCAAUGAAAGAUAGUGCAUUACAAAUUUUGACAGAGAUAAUUGGUAUGGUAGUAUCACUGGUUCAUAAUCAAACAAUGUAUAAUGUCGAUGAAAAUGCUCUUUUGAAACGAUGUGCUACUAAUUUUGAAAUUUUGGAGGAAACAAUACAAAAUUCAAUGGCUGGUGGAGAAAGAUCAAAAUUGUUCAUUCCAUAUGUUCAUGCAUUUUGUAUUGCAUCUGGUCCUGUACGAACAGCAGAAAUUAUCGCAAGAUACAUUAUUGAAGCAAAAGAUGAAAAACAACUUAUUUGCCUUAUUUCAUUGUUAACAUCGUUAAUUAUCUUUGCACCGAAUACCUCAGAAGAUGCUAUAACAAAUUUUUUCGCCAAUCGUACAAUUUUAAUGCUUGACAAAGAACGUAAAUCAUCGAAGAAACUUACUCUAUCUAGUAGUUUAUCUAGUACCGCAUUUUUCGAAGAUGAUUUUUAUGAUGUGAAAUGGUUACAUAAUUUACGUACCUUGAACGAAUGGGAGAAAAUGUCAGAUGAUGAACACGUUAUCAAAUAUAUAAGAUUUGAAAUGUCGAAGCAUUACGGAGAACUAGCAACUGAAAUUUUGAGAUGGGCAUUGGAUGUUUUGUCUAGCUUAAAACGGAAAGAAAAGACCAAUGAAUCGAUAAGUGCAAUGAGAGAUUCUGUAAUAGAAGCGGUUUUGUCGCUAUGUUCGUCGAUAGGACCACCAUCGGUUCUCGAGCCAAAAUAUCCUUAUAAAUUAAGCGCUCAAUUUGCUUCACUGAUAGUUUUGUUGCUUGAUUAUGUAGGACGAGAAGAUGAUCCGACAGGAUUUGCUUUAUUUACAAAUGCAUGCACAUGUGCUAAUGAAUUCUUAACUUCACAAGUAGGAUAUGUUCGCGAACAAUUUAUCAUUCAUUUACUUGAUGAAGCUUUUGCGAAAGCAUCACAUUUAUUUGGUUGCUCAUCAUUGAAUGCUUGGGAAACAGAGUUGCAAUUUUCGGGUGGAUUUCAACAAACAAAUCAUUCAAUCGAUAUGUCAGAUGCUGAAGAGAAUGAUGAAUUAGAAGAAUCAUUAUUUGAUUUAGCUCGAAAAUUACCAUUGUAUCAACAGAAACCUGUACAUUUAGCACAUUCUGGAAUUAUUGGUCGAGGUGUGAAACGAUUAGAAAUUAAAAAUGUUAAGGAUGGAAAUACGAUGCGUCGUUUAGUUUUCUUCGAAUGUCUUCAGCGAUUUUGCAGUACGAUGGGGCCAGAUCGAAAUUUGAUACCAUAUCAGCAAGUUUACAAGCAAUUGGCGAUAAAAUUGACAGAUCGAGUAUGCAAAGACGGUCUUGCUGCUAGUUUUGUUUGGGAAGAAUGGGAACAUGCCCGUGAAGUUAUUCCAAGAUAUAUCGCAGUUUCAAAAAGACUCACAGAAAUUCCACUUAUUUGGGAUAUUAUGUUGGCAUUGACCGAAGUGCAUCCUUGUUUGUGGUACUGUUGUCCACUUCUGAAAGCAUAUCUUGCUGUUAUUAUGAUACAAUUUGAAAAUAGUUCAGAUCAAAAAUCUCUACCGCGUAAACAACUUACCAGUAUGCUUGAUAAAUGGUUUUUAUUGGCUCGUAAGGGACAAAUGCUACCUCAACAAAUGGUUUAUUAUUUUGAUUUAAUUACAAGAGUUAGCUGUCGCGAAGGAUUUGUUAUUUUGCUUGAUGUUUGGCAAUAUUUUCAGAGUGUUUUGGAUGCGGAAGUAUCAGCAGCAAAUAUGAUUAAUGCUGCGUUUGAUCGAUCAUUGAAUUCUUCUAUUGAUCCUAUUCAAGGUAAUCCAACAAAAUUUCGAGAAUCAUGUCGUCUUGUCAUACAGCGAAAUAUUGCAAAGCUUGGCUUCAUUUUUCCAUUAAUAUUUGAGGAUGAGCUGAAUUCAGGAUCCGUAAUUCCGACCAGAAUGGAAAUUUAA